CAAUGGUUUUAAUAAGAAAUGUGCAUAAAGAAUGAAAUAAAAAGGAGCACAGUGAAGUGCAAACGGCCGUGAGGGUUUAGCACGGUGGUAAUUAUGGCGAACAAUUGAUUCCGUAAGGCCGGGUCCUGCCGUGAGCACAUGUCGUCAGAGGUAGGAUGAUCGGAAUUUGUUUUGAUCGGUUCACUUCUCACUUCAGUCGACACCUGACUGUGUGAUCGGACAGUCAGUGGACGCAGGAAAUACACUAAUUCUAACUCAGGUGAAGUGAACGACAACAUGUAACAACCAUGGUCCUCGGACGUUCAACUUUGACAGCGUUUUCUUUGAUGGCCGUUUGCUCCUCUUUGGUUUGGACACAGCUCACUCCUAAGGAUGAGGCCAUAGUUAUUACGCCAAACGAUAACAAUGGCACAGAACAAAACAUUGAUCUUACCGGAGUCGUUGAAAUAGCAGCGGUACCGGAAACUGACGACGUCACAGAUCCCAAAAAAUCGACCACAACCACGCCCACAACGGGUUCAGCAGAGAGAGACGGCACCGACACGUUUUCUCCUUCUAAUAAUGACGUCAUUUCAGGCACGAUGGAUACGUUUAAUAACACGGGGUCUUUGACGUUAGGUUCGACGGUACCGUCAUUCGUCGGACAAAGAAGCGUGGCGCCGACGGUUAAGACCACCACGGAAGUGACAGCCACGCCGGGAUUUUCAUCUAUAAACGACACUGCGUACUCACCCACUUCCUCCCCGACGUUUAUCCUCAGCUCCACGACUCCUGGGACUGACGUCGGUGACCCCUGUGAACUCUGCAACUUUAAUGGUGCCUGCUCCCAGGAUAACCAACAGUGCCUGUGUUUCUCCGGAUUCUUUGGCGACAGGUGUGAGUUUUUGGACCCCUGUGUGGUGAACCCGUGUCCCGUAGGCUUGAACUGUAUCCCUCUACCCUUGGAAGAAUUCAGGUGUGAAAACGAGAGCUCAGCUGGUUUGUUGGAAGCUUCUUGUCCAUUUUGUAACAGAAAUGGAGAUUGUAUUCAGCUAGAUGCUCACUCUGAUGUCUACUGUGACUGCCAUCCCCCGUAUGAAGGACCAAGCUGUUGGGAUGUGGGGGACUACUGUCAGCUGAACAUGUGUCAGGACAGAGACAGCUUCUGUAACCCACGAAGAAUAGGAAGAGGAUUCUUCUGCAGACACAUGUUUUCCAAUGACAUCACCCUGAAGUAUAAUGUCUCCUGUGAGUUCUGUUCUGGGAUUGGUGACUGCAUUCAAACCGAUACCGAAACAACAUGCAAAUGUCCAUACCCUUACUUUGGUCCAAGGUGUGGGAAGAGAGACCCCUGUUUAGCAGACCCCUGUGAUAUCAAUGAGAAAUGUGUGCGAUUGGAGAAUAUGACAAGGACGUGUCUGCCAGCUGCCAGUACAAACUGUUCAUUAUGCAGUUUCCAUGGUGACUGCAUUAAUGAUACUGUGACUGGAACAACAAGGUGUCGCUGUGUUGAACCCUAUCGUGGUGAAAGAUGUGAAAAAUAUUCUCGCUGUGAAGACAUUUGUGAGCAAAAUAAAGUGUGUGUCAGAAUCACAUCCACUGAAAAAGUGUGUGCCAGAGACGGGCAAGUUUUUCAGAACUGCAGCUGGGCCUGUAGUGGGAGUUGUGAGUUUUUCCAAAUGGAAUUUCGCUGCCUUUGUUCUCCUGGAUACCUGCUAGUUGAUGGAAGAUGUGAUGAUAUUGAUGAGUGCCUAUCUGGUACUCAUAACUGCUCCGACUCACUUUGCCAAAACCUUCCCGGAGGAUUUCGAUGUGAGUGUCCAGAUGGAUCUUUGGAUCAGAAUGGGACCUGUAAACAAAUUGACUAUUGUGAGCUGGAAAAACCUUGUAGUCAAGAGUGCAGCAUCGUGAAUAGUAGUCUGAUUUGUAGCUGUUGGGAAGGGUAUUCACUGAGUUCAGAUUUGGUAACUUGUGAAGAUAUAAAUGAAUGUGAGCAGACAGCGAGUCACAAUUGUUCACAAAGAUGUAUCAAUACACCUGGAAACUAUACAUGUUCCUGUAAUCCUGGUUUUCAGCUUGAUCAAGAUGGGUUUUCUUGUGUUGAUGUUGAUGAAUGUCUAGUGACUGAACUUAAUAACUGUUCCCAACUUUGCCUGAAUGAAGAUGGAGGAUACCACUGUUCUUGUUUUGCAGGAUAUAGACUAGGGAAUGACAACAGGACUUGUGAGGAUAUAGAUGAGUGCAACAGUGAUGAACUGAACAGAUGUUCCCAGACCUGUGUAAACGCAAUUGGAAACCAUACAUGUGAAUGCUUGGAAGGCUUCCAACUUGGAAGAGAUGGCUUUUCUUGCCUGGAUGUAGAUGAAUGUUCAAGUCCUGCCUUGCACAACUGCACACAGAAGUGUAUGAAUAUUGAAGGAAGCUAUUUCUGUGACUGUGAUUCUGGAUAUACUCUGGCAUCAGACAACAGAACAUGUCAAGAUUUCAAUGAAUGUCAAGGCCUUUCCUUCCACAACUGCUCACAGAAAUGUGUGAACCAUGAUGGAAGAUACAGCUGUGAGUGUUUCCAGGGGUACCAACUAGAUUCUGAUGGAUCCAGUUGCCUUGAUGUGAAUGAGUGUGAAAGUAAAGAUCUACAUAACUGUUCACAGGUUUGCAGAAAUAAAGAUGGCAGUUUCUUUUGUGAAUGUUUUUCUGGCUAUUCUUUGUUAUCAGAUAGUGUGACUUGUGUGGAUGUUAAUGAAUGUGAAGAUGGUUCUCUUCACAAUUGUUCACAGCUGUGUCAGAACACUGAAGGAUCACUCCAAUGUAACUGUUCUGAUGGCUUUAAUCUCUCUCCAGAGGAUAACAGCACUUGUGUUGAUGUUGAUGAAUGUCUAGCGACUGAGCUUAAUAACUGUUCCCAACUUUGCCUGAACCAAGAUGGAGGAUACCACUGUUCUUGUUUUGCAGGAUAUAGAAUAGGGAGUGACAACAGAACAUGUGAGGAUAUAGAUGAGUGCAACAGUGAUGAACUGAACAGAUGUUCCCAGACCUGUGUAAAUGCAAUUGGAAACCAUACUUGUGAAUGCUUGGAAGGCUUCCAACUUGGAAGAGAUGGCUUUUCUUGCCUGGAUGUGGAUGAAUGUUUGAGGCCAGCCUUGCACAACUGCACUCAGAAAUGUAUGAAUAUUGAAGGAAGCUAUUUCUGUGACUGUGAUUCUGGAUAUACUCUGGCAUCAGACAACAGUACAUGUCAAGAUUUCAAUGAAUGUCAAGGCCUUUCCUUCCACAACUGCUCACAAAAAUGUGUGAACAAUGAUGGAAGAUACAGCUGUGAGUGUUUCCAGGGGUAUCAACUAGAUUCUGAUGGAUCCAGUUGUCUGGAUGUGAAUGAGUGUGAAAGUAAAGAUCUACAUAACUGUUCACAGGUUUGCAGAAACAAAGAUGGCAGUUUCUUUUGUGAAUGUUUUUCUGGCUAUUCUUUGUUAUCAGAUGGUGUGACUUGUGUGGAUGUUAAUGAAUGUGAAAAUGGUUCUCUUCACAAUUGUUCACAGCUGUGUCAGAACACAGAAGGGUCCUUCCAAUGUAACUGCUCUGAUGGCUUUAAUCUCUCAUCAGGGGAUAACAGCACUUGUGUUGAUGUUGAUGAAUGUCUAGUGACUGAGCUUAAUAACUGUUCCCAACUCUGCCUGAACCAAGAUGGAGGAUACCACUGUUCUUGUUUUGGAGGAUAUAGACUAGGGAGUGACAACAGAACGUGUGAGGAUAUAAAUGAGUGCAACAGUGAUGAACUAAACAGAUGUUCCCAGACCUGUGUAAAUGCAAUUGGAAACCAUACAUGUGAAUGCUUGGAAGGCUUCCAACUUGGAAGAGAUGGCUUUUCUUGCCUGGAUGUGGAUGAAUGUUUGAGGCAAGCCUUGCACAACUGCACUCAGAAAUGUGUGAAUAUUGAAGGAAGCUAUUUCUGUGACUGUGAUUCUGGAUAUACUCUGGCAUCAGACAACAGAACAUGUCAAGAUUUCAAUGAAUGUCAAGGCCUUUCCUUCCACAACUGCUCACAAAAAUGUGUGAACCAUGAUGGAAGAUACAGCUGUGAGUGUUUCCAGGGGUAUCAACUAGAUUCUGAUGGAUCCAGUUGUCUGGAUGUGAAUGAGUGUGAAAGUAAAGAUCUACAUAACUGUUCACAGGUUUGCAGAAAUGAAGAUGGCAGUUUCUUUUGUGAAUGUUUUUCUGGCUAUUCUUUGUUAUCAGAUGGUGUGACAUGUGUGGAUGUUAAUGAAUGUGAAGAUGGUUCUCUUCACAACUGUUCACAGCUGUGUCAGAACACAGAAGGGUCCUUCCAAUGUAACUGCUCUGAUGGCUUUAAUCUCUCAUCAGAGGAUAACAGCACUUGUAUUGAUGUUGAUGAAUGUCUACCGACUGAGCUUAAUAACUGUUCCCAACUUUGCCUGAACCAAGAUGGAGGAUACCACUGUUCUUGUUUUGCAGGAUAUAGACUAGGGAAUGACAACAGGACUUGUGAGGAUAUAGAUGAGUGCAACAGUGAUGAACUGAACAGAUGUUCCCAGACCUGUGUAAACGCAAUUGGAAACCAUACAUGUGAAUGCUUGGAAGGCUUCCAACUUGGAAGAGAUGGCUUUUCUUGCCUGGAUGUAGAUGAAUGUUCAAGUCCUGCCUUGCACAACUGCACACAGAAGUGUAUGAAUAUUGAAGGAAGCUAUUUCUGUGACUGUGAUUCUGGAUAUACUCUGGCAUCAGACAACAGAACAUGUCAAGAUUUCAAUGAAUGUCAAGGCCUUUCCUUCCACAACUGCUCACAGAAAUGUGUGAACCAUGAUGGAAGAUACAGCUGUGAGUGUUUCCAGGGGUACCAACUAGAUUCUGAUGGAUCCAGUUGCCUUGAUGUGAAUGAGUGUGAAAGUAAAGAUCUACAUAACUGUUCACAGGUUUGCAGAAAUAAAGAUGGCAGUUUCUUUUGUGAAUGUUUUUCUGGCUAUUCUUUGUUAUCAGAUAGUGUGACUUGUGUGGAUGUUAAUGAAUGUGAAGAUGGUUCUCUUCACAAUUGUUCACAGCUGUGUCAGAACACAGAAGGGUCACUCCAAUGUAACUGUUCUGAUGGCUUUAAUCUCUCUCCAGAGGAUAACAGCACUUGUGUUGAUGUUGAUGAAUGUCUAGCGACUGAGCUUAAUAACUGUUCCCAACUUUGCCUGAACCAAGAUGGAGGAUACCACUGUUCUUGUUUUGCAGGAUAUAGAAUAGGGAGUGACAACAGAACAUGUGAGGAUAUAGAUGAGUGCAACAGUGAUGAACUGAACAGAUGUUCCCAGACCUGUGUAAAUGCAAUAGGAAACCAUACUUGUGAAUGCUUGGAAGGCUUCCAACUUGGAAGAGAUGGCUUUUCUUGCCUGGAUGUGGAUGAAUGUUUGAGGCCAGCCUUGCACAACUGCACUCAGAAAUGUAUGAAUAUUGAAGGAAGCUAUUUCUGUGACUGUGAUUCUGGAUAUACUCUGGCAUCAGACAACAGUACAUGUCAAGAUUUCAAUGAAUGUCAAGGCCUUUCCUUCCACAACUGCUCACAAAAAUGUGUGAACAAUGAUGGAAGAUACAGCUGUGAGUGUUUCCAGGGGUAUCAACUAGAUUCUGAUGGAUCCAGUUGUCUGGAUGUGAAUGAGUGUGAAAGUAAAGAUCUACAUAACUGUUCACAGGUUUGCAGAAACAAAGAUGGCAGUUUCUUUUGUGAAUGUUUUUCUGGCUAUUCUUUGUUAUCAGAUGGUGUGACUUGUGUGGAUGUUAAUGAAUGUGAAAAUGGUUCUCUUCACAAUUGUUCACAGCUGUGUCAGAACACAGAAGGGUCCUUCCAAUGUAACUGCUCUGAUGGCUUUAAUCUCUCAUCAGGGGAUAACAGCACUUGUAUUGAUGUUGAUGAAUGUCUAGUGACUGAGCUUAAUAACUGUUCCCAACUCUGCCUGAACCAAGAUGGAGGAUACCACUGUUCUUGUUUUGGAGGAUAUAGACUAGGGAGUGACAACAGAACGUGUGAGGAUAUAAAUGAGUGCAACAGUGAUGAACUAAACAGAUGUUCCCAGACCUGUGUAAAUGCAAUUGGAAACCAUACAUGUGAAUGCUUGGAAGGCUUCCAACUUGGAAGAGAUGGCUUUUCUUGCCCGGAUGUGGAUGAAUGUUUGAGGCAAGCCUUGCACAACUGCACUCAGAAAUGUGUGAAUAUUGAAGGAAGCUAUUUCUGUGACUGUGAUUCUGGAUAUACUCUGGCAUCAGACAACAGAACAUGUCAAGAUUUCAAUGAAUGUCAAGGCCUUUCCUUCCACAACUGCUCACAAAAAUGUGUGAACCAUGAUGGAAGAUACAGCUGUGAGUGUUUCCAGGGGUAUCAACUAGAUUCUGAUGGAUCCAGUUGUCUGGAUGUGAAUGAGUGUGAAAGUAAAGAUCUACAUAACUGUUUACAGGUUUGCAGAAAUGAAGAUGGCAGUUUCUUUUGUGAAUGUUUUUCUGGCUAUUCUUUGUUAUCAGAUGGUGUGACAUGUGUGGAUGUUAAUGAAUGUGAAGAUGGUUCUCUUCACAACUGUUCACAGCUGUGUCAGAACACAGAAGGGUCCUUCCAAUGUAACUGCUCUGAUGGCUUUAAUCUCUCAUCAGAGGAUAACAGCACUUGUAUUGAUGUUGAUGAAUGUCUAGCGACUGAGCUUAAUAACUGUUCCCAACUUUGCCUGAACCAAGAUGGAGGAUACCACUGUUCUUGUUUUGGAGGAUAUAGACUAGGGAGUGACAACAGAACUUGUGAGGAUAUAGAUGAGUGCAACAGUGAUGAACUGAACAGAUGUUCCCAGACCUGUGUAAACGCAAUUGGAAACCAUACAUGUGAAUGCUUGGAAGGCUUCCAACUUGGAAGAGAUGGCUUUUCUUGCCUGGAUGUGGAUGAAUGUUCAAGUCCUGCCUUGCACAACUGCACACAGAAGUGUAUGAAUAUUGAAGGAAGCUAUUUCUGUGACUGUGAUUCUGGAUAUACUCUGGCAUCAGACAACAGAACAUGUCAAGAUUUCAAUGAAUGUCAAGGCCUUUCCUUCCACAACUGCUCACAGAAAUGUGUGAACCAUGAUGGAAGAUACACUUGUGAGUGUUUCCAGGGGUAUCAACUAGAUUCUGAUGGAUCCAGUUGUCUGGAUGUGAAUGAGUGUGAAAGUAAAGAUUUACAUAACUGUACACAGGUUUGCAGAAAUAAAGAUGGCAGUUUCUUUUGUGAAUGUUUUUCUGGCUACUCUUUGUUAUCAGAUGGUGUGACAUGUGUGGAUGUUAAUGAAUGUGAAGAUGGUUCUCUUCACAACUGUUCACAGCUGUGUCAGAACACUGAAGGAUCAUUCCAAUGUAACUGUUCUGAUGGCUUUAAUCUCUCUCCAGAGGAUAACAGCACUUGUAUUGAUGUUGAUGAAUGUCUAGCGACUGAGCUUAAUAACUGUUCCCAACUUUGCCUGAACCAAGAUGGAGGAUACCAUUGUUCCUGUUUUGGAGGAUAUAGACUAGGGAAUGACAACAGGACUUGUGAGGAUAUAGAUGAGUGCAACAGUGAUAAACUGAACAGAUGUUCCCAGACCUGUGUAAAUGCAAUAGGAAACCAUACAUGUGAAUGCUUGGAAGGCUUCCAACUUGGAAGAGAUGGCUUUUCUUGCCUGGAUGUAGAUGAAUGUUCAAGUCCUGCCUUGCACAACUGCACACAGAAGUGUAUGAAUAUUGAAGGAAGCUAUUUCUGUGACUGUGAUUCUGGAUAUACUCUGGCAUCAGACAACAGAACAUGUCAAGAUUUCAAUGAAUGUCAAGGCCUUUCCUUCCACAACUGCUCACAAAAAUGUGUGAACCAUGAUGGAAAAUACAGCUGUGAGUGUUUCCAGGGGUAUCAAAUAAAUUCUGAUGGAUCCAGUUGUCUGGAUGUGAAUGAGUGUGAAAGUAAAGAUCUACGUAACUGUACACAGGUUUGCAGAAAUAAAGAUGGCAGUUUCUUUUGUGAAUGUUUUUCUGGCUAUUCUUUGUCAUCAGAUAGUGUGACUUGUGUGGAUGUUAAUGAAUGUGAAGAUGGUUCUCUUCACAAUUGUUCACAGUUAUGUCAGAACACAGAAGGGUCCUUUCAAUGUAACUGUUCUAAUGGCUUUAAUCUCUCUCCAGAGGAUAACAGCACUUGUAUUGAUGUUGAUGAAUGUCUAGCGACUGAGCUUAAUAACUGUUCCCAACUUUGCCUGAACCAAGAUGGAGGAUACCAUUGUUCCUGUUUUGGAGGAUAUAGACUAGGGAAUGACAACAGGACUUGUGAGGAUAUAGAUGAGUGCAACAGUGAUGAACUAAACAGAUGUUCCCAGAAAUGUGUAAACGCAAUUGGAAACCAUACAUGUGAAUGCUUGGAAGGCUUCCAACUUGGAAGAGAUGGCUUUUCUUGCCUGGAUGUAGAUGAAUGUUCAAGUCCUGCCUUGCACAACUGCACACAGAAGUGUAUGAAUAUUGAAGGAAGCUAUUUCUGUGACUGUGAUUCUGGAUAUACUCUGGCAUCAGACAACAGAACAUGUCAAGAUUUCAAUGAAUGUCAAGGCCUUUCCUUCCACAACUGCUCACAGAAAUGUGUGAACCAUGAUGGAAGAUACACUUGUGAGUGUUUCCAGGGGUAUCAACUAGAUUCUGAUGGAUCCAGUUGUCUGGAUGUGAAUGAGUGUGAAAGUAAAGAUCUACAUAACUGUACACAGGUUUGCAGAAACAAAGAUGGCAGUUUCUUUUGUGAAUGUUUUUCUGGCUAUUCUUUGUUAUCAGAUGGUGUGACUUGUGUGGAUGUUAAUGAAUGUGAAAAUGGUUCUCUUCACAAUUGUUCACAGCUGUGUCAGAACACAGAAGGGUCCUUCCAAUGUAACUGCUCUGAUGGCUUUAAUCUCUCAUCAGGGGAUAACAGCACUUGUGUUGAUGUUGAUGAAUGUCUAGUGACUGAGCUUAAUAACUGUUCCCAACUCUGCCUGAACCAAGAUGGAGGAUACCACUGUUCUUGUUUUGGAGGAUAUAGACUAGGGAAUGACAACAGGACUUGUGAGGAUAUAGAUGAGUGCAACAGUGAUGAACUGAACAGAUGUUCCCAGACCUGUGUAAACGCAAUUGGAAACCAUACAUGUGAAUGCUUGGAAGGCUUCCAACUUGGAAGAGAUGGCUUUUCUUGCCUGGAUGUAGAUGAAUGUUCAAGUCCUGCCUUGCACAACUGCACACAGAAGUGUAUGAAUAUUGAAGGAAGCUAUUUCUGUGACUGUGAUUCUGGAUAUACUCUGGCAUCAGACAACAGAACAUGUCAAGAUUUCAAUGAAUGUCAAGGCCUUUCCUUCCACAACUGCUCACAAAAAUGUGUGAACCAUGAUGGAAAAUACAGCUGUGAGUGUUUCCAGGGGUAUCAACUAGAUUCUGAUGGAUCCAGUUGCCUUGAUGUGAAUGAGUGUGAAAGUAAAGAUUUACAUAACUGUACACAGGUUUGCAGAAAUAAAGAUGGCAGUUUCUUUUGUGAGUGUUUUACUGGUUUUUCGUUGUUGGUUGAUGAUGUGACUUGUGUGGAUGUUAAUGAAUGUGAAGAUAGUUCUCUUCACAACUGUUCUCAGCUGUGUAAGAAUGUCAAUGGAUCUUUUCAUUGUCAAUGUUUACAAGGGUAUUAUCUAAGUGAUGACAAUGUGACUUGUCAAGAUGUUAAUGAAUGUUAUAAGCAGGACACUACGGUAUGUUCACAAUUAUGUACAAACAGGGAUGGAGGAUUUUCAUGUUCUUGUAGAGAAGGGUUUGCUCUACUGAAAGAUGGCAAGACUUGUGUAGACAUAGAUGAAUGUACUCAAAAUGAUUCCAAAAUAUGUGACCAGAAAUGCAUCAACUAUAUUGGAGGCUUUACAUGUGGAUGCUCUCUGGGAUACAGUUUAUCCACAGACAAUAUCACUUGUGAAGACAUUAAUGAAUGUGACAAGACAGAAUUGAACCUCUGUGAGCACAAGUGCAUUAACUCUGCUGGAAAUUUUAGCUGUGUUUGCCCUUCUGGAUUUGUUCUUAAAGAUGAUUUCAGACAGUGUAUUGAUGUGGAUGAGUGUGAGGGAUCUAAUAACUGCUCACAGGGAUGUGUGAACUUGCAGGGAUCAUACUACUGUGUCUGUAAUCAGGGAUUCAGGUUGGGAACAGACAAUGUGACUUGUAUGGACAUUGAUGAGUGCUCCGGCACAGUCCAGAACAUCUGUGACCAGGAGUGUGUGAACACCAGGGGGAGCUUUGAAUGUGGAUGUAAAAAAGGCUUCUGGCUUCAGCCGGAUAAACAGUCAUGUGUGGACAUCAAUGAGUGUGCCGACAAAUUCAGGAAUAACUGCACCCAGGUGUGUGUAAAUGAAGAAGGGAACUUUUCUUGUGCAUGUUCAAGUGGCUAUGUACUUCUGGAGGAUGGUGUGACCUGUGUAGAUGAAGAUGAAUGUCUGGAUGUACAGUUAUGUAAUGGAUCUUGCAUCAAUACAGAGGGUGGAUAUAUGUGUGACUGUCCUAAAGGUUAUGAAGAGAGGGACAGACUCUGUAAAGACAAAGAUGAGUGUGCAGACCCCACUCUCAAUGACUGCCUGCAGAAGUGUGAGAACACAGUUGGGGGAUACUUGUGUCAGUGCUGGGCAGGGUACAAUGAGAAGAACGGACACUGUAGACUCACGUACAUACCAGAUCUAGAGACUAAAUUCACCACUUUUAUGGUAUCAGUUAAGAUCACAUCACAGGAAUGGCAGGAGAAUCUCUUGAACCCAAACUCUGAGGUCUACAGGCAGGUGGCAGCGCAGGUUAUAGGAAAUGUGUCACAAGAGUUGUCCUUGGCAGGAAUUGGAUUUCGGGAGAUCCAGGUAUCUUCAUUCAGAGCAGAAAAUUCUGAUGACAGGAAGGGGAGUGUUAUAGCAGACAUGUUGGUUGUUCAGGACCCCAAUGAGAAAUCUCUCCCUGCCAUGGAGAUCUUGGAGAAAGCUGUGAAGAGAGGAAAUAUUGGGAGUCUGUUAAUGGACCCAACCUUCUUUGUCACCAAGAAUGGAGUGGGCUACAUCAAGGGAAUCAAGAUGUACAAGCCGGACAAUUACAUGAUCCUUGGGAAUCAUGUGACAGUGUCUUGUCUUGUGUCUGCUGUAUCCAUGGAUGGAGCAAUGAACAUCCGCUGGAAAAUUAACGGGAGAUGGGUGAAGCCACUGCUUAACUCCAGAAUUCAGACGACGGAACUCAACAGGGACAGUUACGACCCUUCUCUGUACACCAGUAACCUCAUAAUCAAUGGGAUAAAAAAGGUGGACACAGAGGGCAAAGUUGAAUGCGUGGCGCUUGUUGGGCAGACCUCGGUCAGUAAUGAGACAACCCUGCAGAUUUACACUGUGGAGAUGACAGCACCCCCCUCUGCAGUGCUGCGGGGGAGUCAGGCAACCAUCUCCUGUACCAUCACCCCCACCCCGCCCGUCCCUGAAGUCCUCACCAUUGUCUGGUGUCAGAACGGCGGGACUCUCUCCUCAUCCACACACAAUGAAUACCAGAUUUCUGCUGACUCAUCAUUUAAAGAGACUAUCAACAUUAUGUCAGCCUACCACUCUGAGGCCUACAGCUGUGGGGUGAGGUACGCUAAAUCGGAGGACAGAAACUGCUCCCAGACAGUCCAGCUCAAUGUUUACAAUUCAAAGAACCUCUUAUGUCCUAAGGAGGAGAAGGAUGGUAUAGUGUGGGAUUGGGUGUAUGCUAGUCUGUCCUCCUACCGACCCUGCCCCGAGGGAUAUAUAGGUAUGAUGGAGCGGAAGUGUGGACCCAACGGAGUAUGGGAGGAUGUAGAUUUUUCUAUGUGUAUCAAGAGCGAUCUUGUCAGCAUCUUUGUAGAGGUUUCCCAGGUAAGAGAUGGCUACGACACAAACAACAUUAGUGGCAUUUUGAGGGACUUCUCUCAGCAGACGGCGGAGAUCACGAGCAAUGAGAACAUAACGUCGGGAGACUUAGACACCAGUGUCGAGAUAAUCAACAAGGUCGCUGCCAUUUCCGUGGGGCGAGAGGAUCUGGUCACAGAUUCCGACACUCAGGACUUUUUGCUGUCUGUGAAUAAUGUCUUGAAGGAGGGAAUAAAACCUGUAUGGGACAAUUUACAAAUAAAACGGGGCCAAAACAAAGCGGCGGAGCUGAUGAAUGCUGUGCAUGAGUUUGGAAACAGUGUCACCAAAAGACUGCCCAAAGGAGAGACCAAAACAUUGGCCCAGCAGAAUAUAGUUGUGGAGUACAAGAAAUCAGCGUUAGAGGACAUUGCUUUUCCUGUGUCCAAAAUCUCUGCCAACUCAGAUUACAAAAGUGUAAUUCAGCUGAAGGAGAGCACACUAAAGAAAAUUGUAUCAGAAAAUAAUACAGUGGACUAUGCAGCAACUUAUUACAAAACCCUCUCAGAUCUGUUUCCAAAGAAACCAAGUCAAAACAGCAACUUAAUCAAUACAGACAUCAUUUCAUUUUCCCUUGCUAAUGGAGAAACCGAGAAUCUAGAACCACCUCUCAAACUCGAAUUCCUCCUACACAAGGAUAUUGGACAAGAAAAUGCAAUUUGUAGUUUCUGGGACUUUGAUCAAAGUGCAUGGUCAGACAGAGGCUGUUAUACUGUGUUUAAAAACUCAACUUGGGUUACCUGCCAGUGUAAUCACAUGACGAACUUUGCAGUCCUGAUGAGUUCAGUGGAAGCAUCCGAGUCUGAGAAUUACAUUCUGGGUCUGAUUUCAAUUGUUGGAUGUACCAUCUCUAUAGCUGGACUUCUGGCCACAGUGGUUUGUCAUCUGAUAUUCUGGAGGUAUGUAAAAUCAGACAAAACCAAAAUCCUGCUGAACCUCUGUCUUUCCCUUACUGUCGCCAUGACAAUAUUUCUCCUUGGUGUGGAACAGACACAACAUAAGAUUCUGUGUACAGCCAUUGCUGUACUCCUGCAGUACUUUUUCCUUGUGUCCUUCUUUCUGAUGCUGGCCGAGGGAAUUACCAUCGCAGUCUCUGUUAUCCUGGUCUUCUGGACAAACUCCAAGGUCAAGGUCCUGCUUCCUUUAGCCUGGGGUCUACCCCUGGUCAUUGUUGGCGUGUCAAUGGGAGCCACUGGACUGGAGGGAUAUGGAAACAACAAAUUCUGUUGGCUGACCAUUGAGGAAGGUGUGAUAUAUGCUUUUGUUGUUCCAGCUGCCCUAAUUAUUGUGAUAAAUUUGAUAAUUACUGCCAUAGUACUGAGAGCGCUGUUCUCAACCAGAGCCGUCAUGAGUAAAUCCCAGCAGGACAAAAUCAGGGCCGGGGUACGGAGUGUUGCCGUGCUAGCCCCUAUCCUAGGGAUCUCCUGGAUCUUCGGUGUUCUCUCGGUGAACUCCAGCACAAUCAUUUUCCAGUACCUUUUCACAAUAUUCAACUCUCUUCAAGGUUUUUUCAUAUUCCUGUUCCACUGCGUAUUAAACAGAGCGAUUGUGGAUGCUAUCCGAAGAAAAUGCCAUUGUAUGAGAAGCAUGGAUGACUCCUCAAAACACAAGCAUAAAAGUGAAACCAGUAAUAAGUUCUCAACUGCUAACCCGUUAUCCAAUGGAACGAGGUCUUCUCAACUCUCCAAUUCGAGUUCCGAGUACUCGAAUGGAGGGAACAAGAACGGCCACCAAUAUACUAACAAGGCAUAUACCGCCGACCAGAACCUAGACACAGCUUUUACAAAAACGUCCGCCGUGGACGAAAAAAAUAUAGACCUCUCUGUCAGUCCAAAUCUGAGCGAGAGGAAGGAGAAGAGUCCCAUGGGAAGUCCCUCGGGAAGCGUCAAGAGUGACCUCCUGUUUGUCCAGUGGGCGGACGAACACAAACGCUCCAUAGCCUUUAACCCCUCUCCCAUCGGAAGCAUCAGGUCGUCAAAAGUACCAUAUUCCGCACCGUUCAAAUAAGUGGGAAUGUAAUUAAUGUAAUUAAUCGAGAGUUUCUAGUAAUAUGACAAAAACGUGAUGCAAAUAAAAAGUUUCCAGGGUCAUGUAAACGAUUGAGGGACUGAGAAGAGGGCCAUUGAUGAAGCAGAAACCAUACAUACCCCGAAAAUCCGCGGCACACCUGAAAUAUACACCUGGCUCCACGAGUGACACGCCUCAGUAGAAGGUGCAAACCUUUCCCAUCUGUUGCGAUUGAUCACCCUGUAGUUAAUGUUAUAAUGACGUGAAAAUACAUUUUUGUGUUAUAUGAUUUCAUUACUGAAUUCAUAUAUUAAAUGGUAGCGCAAUAAAAUGCAAUAUAAGUGA